UAUAGACACAACCAAUUCGUUGUAUGCAUCAAAUUCCAAAGAAUCAUUUUUGAAGCAUCAAACGCCAAAAACAUCUCUCUUCCAUCAAUCUUUCAUGGCAACUUCUAAAUCCAAACAGUUUCAACUCAAAGCCAUCUUUACAUUCCUUCUCAUUCUAGCUCUCACAAUCGCCUCCACUACCGCGCGUAGAAUCCUUGACGAGGAGCCCGCCACUCCCACCGUUGCUCCAGAAGCUUCUGAUGUAGACGAGGCCCCAACAGCUUCAGGGGCAGUUGUAGGUACAGGCGUUGCAGCUCCUGUUGGUGCAGGAGCGGCUCCUGGUGUUGCAACUCCUACUGGAGUAGGUGCUGGUAUUGUAGCACCUGUUGCUACAGGAGCUGCAACUCAUGUUGAUGCAGGUGCUGGUGUUGCAGCUCCUUCUGGGUCAGGUGCUGGUACUGCAGCACCUACCAGUGCAGGAGCUGCAGGUGUUACAACACACGUAGGUGAUGCAGGAGCUGCAGGUGUUACAACACACGUAGGUGAUGCAGGAGCUGCAGGGGUUGCAGGUGGUGCAGCACCCGUAGGUAGUGCAAGUGCUGCUGCAACUGCUGCGACAGCUGGUGGAGCCGUAGCAGGUGGAGCUGGUGAAGAUGAUCAUAUAUUUUCCUUUUUCAUGCACGAUAUUCUUGGAGGAUCAAACCCUUCAGCAAUAGCAGUAACUGGCAUCGCAACCAACCCUUCGUUAAGCGGACAAGUACCCUUCGCAAAGCCAAAUGGUGCAGUUCUAGCAGUCGACAACGGUGUCCCAGUAAACAGCAACAACAACGGAAUCAUCAGCAACAACAAUAUCCCUUUUCUCACAGGUCUUAGCGGAACAGCUUCUAACGUUGUUCAAAACAACGGAAACAACAUCAUUGGUGGAGGUUCUGGUUUCCCCGCCUUAAACAUGGCUCAGUUAGGAUCAGGAAUCACGUUCCAAAAACUCAUGUUCGGUACACUGACAGUGUUCGACGAUGAAUUAACAGAAAGUCAUGAACUUAACUCUGGCCUAGUUGGUAAAGCACAAGGAUUUUACGUUGCGAGUUCAGAAGAUGGAAAUAGUCAGACUAUGGCUUUUACAGUGAUGUUUCAUAGUGGAAGUUAUAGUGAUAGCCUUACUUUCUUUGGAGUACACAGGACUAGGGUUUCGGAAUCACAUCUUGCUAUUAUGGGUGGCACUGGAAAGUAUGUAAAUGCUAAAGGAUUUGCUACUGUUAAGACAUUUCCAGCUGCUAACCAACAAGAAACUGAUGGUGUGCAGACUCUGCUUCAUAUUACUGUCUAUCUUGCUUACUAGGGUGUUGUAGUCAUUUUUAUUGCUUUGUUGUGUUGUGCUUUAUUCAGAGAUUUGUAUCAGAUGUUUAAUUUGAAACAAUAUUGUGAAAAUUUGUUGUUA